GCCUUUGCACGAGACACCAAAGGGUUCGACUAUUGGGAUAAUUCAGAGAGACGGGAUGGCGAGUCAGCAAUUUCGUGGCCCUCAGCGCUGGAGCUUUGGGUUGAGUGCUGUCAUUCUGUGCGCAAUGAUUGCAGUCUCUCAGACGGAGAAGGCGCUGACUGUACAGGGGAUGGUAGGGGACACCGUCAUGCUCCCCGGGAACUAUGACCCUGACCGUGACAAACCAGUCAUCGCACUAACGUGGAACAAACUUGACUCCAAAGUCGAAGGUACACGGCAUGUUGUCUACAUGUUCACGCCCAAGAACUCCAUGCCGUCUGGACCUCUAAAAGACAGAGCGGUGUUCCACAGGAACGGUUCCCUUACCAUCCGGGACAUCAGAGAGGACGAUGAAGGACAGUAUGUCAUGACCUUGCUGAUCGAUGCAGUAGGGCAACAAGAGCAUUUCGUUAACCUGAAUGUUGUAGUACCACCUAUUGUAGACAUGGGAGUUGAAAGCCCCUACCUCGUCUCCCUAGGAACUGAUGUCGUCAUCAACUGCACUGUAGACAAAAGCAACUCGAUCGUAGACUCCGUUAGCUGGCUAAAAGACGGCCGUCCCCUCUCUGACACCAUCCCUAAGGAUUACUACCAGGGCUUGGAUUUCUACAGGUCUUCCGUCGUUCUUAAGAACAUGUCUAAACUUGAUAUAGGAAACUACACCUGUGUGGCCAAAAACUUUGGUACUCAAGAGACGGGGAGCAUCUUGCUACAAGCAAAGUACCCUGCUAGGAUUACCAACUCUUCGUCCGGCCUGACAACGACGAUAGAAUCCAGCGCGACUCUUUGGUGCACUACGGAAGGUAUCCCUCCGCCGAAGAUCACGUGGUACAAAGACGACCGAGAAAAGCGUCAAGGGACCAUCGUUGAAGGAAAUGUCACGUACAUGACUAUCAGGAGUGUCCGGGUGUCAGACAGUGGCAGCUACAAGUGUUCUGCCAGUAACGGCCUUGGUGAACCAGAUUCCAGGACAAUGGUUCUGUCGGUUAAUGGACCUGAGGCCAGUGCUUCGACAUCCUCAUCAGGAUCAAGCAUCUCCGAUAGGUGGAUCGAGUUCGGUAUAAUAGUAGGAGGAGCAGUAGUUGGAGCUACCCUGUUGCUGACAUCCCUGCUGAUCGUCAUAAUCUUCACCAAGAGACAGAAGACUAAAAGUCACGGAUGCCAGGCGUGUCACGUCGUGGCCAUCAGUCACAGCCACCCGAACCUCUGUACCAUCGGAGACGACGUUUGCAGAGGGGCAGAGCCUAUGGUUCAUAUUGACCACAACAAGCACUUAACAGGUCGGUACCUAGCCCGAGCCAUCCAAGACUACAAACCAACAGGAGAGGGCGGUCUCACACUGGAGAUCAACGACAUCGUAGAGGUGCUCCACACAGGCAGAGACGGCUGGUGGUACGGGUACAUGAGAGGCAACUUUGGCUUCUUCCCAGCCCGAGCUGUCACUGUGCUCACAUGCAAAAGAAGAGUGUCUAUUGGACAGGAGGAGAGAGCGCAUGCGCAGGGAAGCAGUCGCAAAGCUAACGUCGACCUGCUAGGAACACUCCCAUUGGAGACCAACAGCAAAAUUACUGCAUUUCAGGUUGGAAAGAAUGAUGACGAGGCAGCAUUGACGGUGAAGAGCUGUACCGGAUAUGACGUCAGCAGACGUGUGCAGACGACCCCUGACGACUCGGACGAUGAGUGAUGGAUUUUCUGACGUCAUAGUGGUAUUCAAAGGCAAUAAAGCAGAUGGCGCAAUCACAAUUCGUUUGUAAGAGCGUUUGCCCUUCUUAGACGUAUGCAUUCAUCGUCUUAAAAAAACUGUAGACGAUGUUAAUUCUGCAUACAACUUUACUAGUAUGCUUCGGAAAAAUUGAAAUUGAAAGUGUUACUUUCUUGGAAUUACACGAUGCAUAAAAAAGAUUGCUCCAUAUUUUAUCUGUAAGAUUGAAACUUGUAGUCAUCAGAACUCCGUCUCUGAAAACAUCUCAAUAUAUAAUAUAAAGAAUUGUUUUUGUAGGAGGUACAUCGGUGUCAAACAUCCGUUUAGUUAAUCCUACACU